AUGUUUUUAGGAGAACAAGUGGGUAAUUUGGCAGUAACAACAGGUAGAAUAAUUACACCAACCCAUUUACCAGAGACAAUUACUUUAUCAGUUACAAAUUCUUCCAGAUUUCUAAUUCUUGGCACAAAACCAGAAAUCCUUGAAUGGUUAAAAGACAAUUCAUCAAUAAAAGUUGAUGUUGUAUUAUACGAUGAUGCUAAAGAAGCACCACAUAUUCACAUACCAGAUUUGAUAAUUGAUUUAUUACCAUACAUUGACACCAAGGGUCACGAGCAGCAUAAUAAUAAUCUAUUUAAUUUUAUUCUACCAACACAUCACCCAGAUUUAAAUUCUGAUCCAGUUAGAUUAGAAAUUCGAGCAGCAGUCAAUCUCGAUGAAACUCAACCUUAUUUCAGAAUUGUAUUACAAAGAAAUUGUACACUUGGUGAUAUAUUAAAAGAAGCAAAGGAGAAAUGGGACAAUACCAUAUUACCUAGUUUAUGGGAUAAUGUUAAAAAAGUUGCAAUGUCGCCAUUUGAUUAUUAUUGUAAUAAUAAAUUAAAAGAAAAAAAUUUGAAAUAA